AUGCAAAUGUUCUUACGGGACAGGCGUAGAAUGCUGGUCGUCAAAAUGUUCAUCCAAGACCUUACCCACUCAGUCACGCGAGCCAAUGAGAAGCCGAAGCACAAAACUAUCCAGUUAUCUGUGAAGUUUGGUUGCGCGCGUGGCAGACGUCAUACCGGAGCCCAAGUUGUUUUCACUUCUGCACACCAAAAGCGAAGUGCUGUUGUGUAA